CAGAAAAGGCCACUUUUAUAUUGAUUGAUCACCAAAAUUCGUUUUCCAUCUGCUCUCUCAUACAUACCAACCAACAGUGUGUUAUUUAAAAGUUGAUACUUACUCAGCAAGAAAAGAAAGAAAGACCAACCCCCCUGAACCUACUUAAACAACAACUGAAAGUAUCUAAACUAACAACAACAAGAAGCAUGAGCGACAGUAGUCAAAUCCCGUCGCUGGAGCUCCACCAACUGAAAGUGUUAUCAGCUUUAGGUCGAGGCGCCAAAGGCGUGGUGUUUCUGGUCCGAGACGAGUCAUCCACGGGAGAACUGUUCGCUUUGAAGACAACUUUAAAACCCAAGAAACUUGAGCAUAAACAUAUCUCGUUUGAGCAGGAAGUGUUGCGAUUAUCACAACAUCCGUUACUUCCAAAACUCUCCGGUGUUUUAUCCACUGAAAAAAUCCUCGGUUACGCCAUUGAUUACUGUCCUGGACGUGAUCUCAACUAUCUUCGAAAAAAACAAACGGAGAUGAUGUUUUCAGACGGUGUAAUCAGGUUUUACGCAGCGGAACUAGUGAUCGCAUUGGAAUAUCUUCACCAAUUAGGCGUUGUUUACCGAGAUUUGAAGCCAGAAAACGUAAUGAUUCAGGAAAACGGCCACCUAAUGCUCGUCGAUUUCGAUCUCUCAACAAAAUUACCGCCAAAACCUUCAUCACCACAAAACACUCCGGUAUUCAAACCUAAUCGAUCAACAAACACAAACAUAUUCUCAUUUCUCUCCAGAUGCUGUCGCCGGAAUAUUUCGUCGGAAGACUCGGUACAUCCAAGCCACGAAACUCACUCCUUUUCAAAAUCGAACUCCUUCGUCGGAACGGAAGAGUACAUUGCGCCGGAGAUGUUAACCGGCACCGGUCAUGAUUUCUCGGUGGACUGGUGGUGUUUAGGCAUUGUGUUGCAUGAAAUGUUGUACGGUAAAACGCCGUUCAAAGGAUUCAAUCGGAAGGAGACGUUUCGCCGGAUUAUGACGUACUCGCCGGAGCUUGUCGGAGAGCCGACGCCGUUGAGAGAUUUAAUUCGGAAGUUGUUGGUGAAAGAUCCGAAACGGAGAAUAUCAACGGUGGAGAUUAAGGGUCAUGAUUUUUUUAGGGGUGUUGAUUGGGAGAAUGUGAUGGAAAUCGCUAGACCACCGUUUGUCCCUGGACCGUCCGAUGAGAAGGGUAUGGAUGUAAAUAAGAUUGAUAUUGAGGCUUUUGUGCAAGGGGUGUUUGAAGUUAAAGUGGAUGUUGAUGUUCAAGAGGAUGAGAGUCAUGGUUUCCUGAUUUUUUAACGGAUUAUUUUAUAUAUUUAUUAUUUUGAGAAUAUAUUGUAGAUUGUUUUAAGUUUCCAUUGUUGUUAUAAAUAAUGAGGACCAUGCCCUAUUAAUUAACUUUUAUGGUAAGAGACAAUGCUAAUCAUUUCUUGACUA